AUGAAAUUUUUCUUAAAACGGACAGCUUUUCUGCUCGCUUAUACACUGAUAAUUUCAGUUUAUGCUUCACAAGAACUCGUUAAAGUAAACCAAAUUACCCAUUCAAAACUCUAUUGCGAAAUUUUGAAUGCCAUAGAUGAAAAUUUAUAAAUAAUAAAAUUAGAAAAUGGCAUGUUUGGAAUUGAAACAUCAGAUUCCAAUUAUUAGAUUUCAGUCAAUUCAACAAAUUAAUUAUACGAUUAUAAAGACUUUUUAAUAAUUUAGGAUGAAAAAGAAAUAGAUGUAAAAUGAAAAUUAUACUUUAGAUAAAUGUGUAUUUUAAUUUUGCUGAUUAUUAGAUAAAGAGCAAUUUCAUAGGUGGUCUAUUAUAUAAAUAAGUGAAAUUUAUUAUUGAUAAAGAGAAUCAAAUAUACGUUAAUAUAAUUACAUUUUCACAGACCUAAUUCAAAGAAAUUACUUUAAAGGAUUUUCGUAAAAUUAUUUUGAGAUAAAAAUCUGAUGAUCCUAAAUCAAUUUUCCUAUCAAUGAUUUUUAUAACACUACAGAACACUGCCUUAGAAAUAGAAAGUAUUAUUGGGAACUUCAAUUAAUUGAAUAAAAUUUGCGAGUUAAAUGAAUGUAAAACUGAUCUAAAGUUAUAAAGUUUGAUAGAAAAUAUAGAUGUUCUUUAAAUAUACCCCUAAAAUAUAUUGAAAGGUAAAUUCAUUAAUAAUCUUAGCCUAGUUUUCAAAGAAUAAGUUCCUUUAAGAUUUUAAUUUACUUAAUAAUAUGUUUUUUGCUAAUAUUUUAAGUGAGUUUGAAAUUCUUUAAAAAAUAAAUACUAAUAACUGUUCUUUGAUUACGUAAGAUUAAAUUCUAAUUAAUAAUUCUACAUAUUUAUGGCAAUAAGAGUUUUGUAGCAAUUCACAAAGUUACAUUUAUAUUAUUCAAACCAAAAAAAGUACAAUUUAUUAUUAAAUCCAGGUUAGGUUAUGACCUUAAAAAAUGGCAAAAUUUUAUCUUCUCUAUUGAAUCAAAAGAAUAAUAUUAACCAGAAAUUCUUAUCGAUAAACUUACAAUUUUAAUUUAGAAAUCAAAUUGCAAAUCUUUGGAAAGUAUCAAAAAGUUAUUAAAAAUUAAUGGUAUCCUUUUAUAGCAAGAAUAAAUCUCUAUAGAAUCAGAAUCCACUUACUCUAAAUAUUAGUCCUCAAUAUUCACUGGAGAAGUGGAGUAGAAAGACAUCAAUUUGAUUAUUGAAUCAACUUAAAACUUUUAAAUUAAAGAUAAUUCUGAUAAUGAAUCUAACAAUAUUUAAACUUUUUAUUUAUCACAUAAUUUAGAUUAGAAACCAAUAUAUAAAACAUUAAAUGGAAUUUAUACUCCUUAAGACCCAGAAAUUUUCUUAAUGGAUGAUGAUUUCUAAAUUUAGAAAGAAUUAAAUAGUGAAAAAAAUGAAGAACCAAAACUACAAUAGAGUGAAGAAUAGAAAGAAUAGAAAUAAAGUUUAAUAUAGAAGGAAGAUGAAAAAGAGUAAAACUUGGAUUUUAUAGUAUAUGAAGAUCCAAUUGGCUGGGAAAAUUAAGAUAGUUAGGAAAUAGAAGUGUUUGAAUAUAAUGAGGAUUUGCAAACUUUUAGCAAACAAACAUCAAUCCAAAGUAGCGAACAAGUUGAAACACAAAACAGUGAUUAAAAACAAUAAAUUUUUUAGAGAGAUGUCAAUAGUUAGUAAGAAUCAAAUUAAAUACUUUAAUUGCAAUAGAUUUCUUCAUAAAACCAGAUUAAUUAAUAAGAUGGUAUGAUUAUUGAAUAAUAAGCAACAGUUGAAGAAAUCAUUUUAGAUGAUUAAGAUAAUUCGCAAGUUUAAGAUUUGAAUAUUCAAUAAUAAUAGUAAUUUUAAUCAUCCUAAUAACACUAAUAAUAAUCAUAAUAGUAAUCUUAACAAUAUCAAUAAUUUUAAUAAUAACCAUAAUAGUAAUUGUAAGAACAAUAAUAAUCAGAGACAUAUUCAACUUAAUAUAAUCAGUCGGAUAUUCGUGUUAAUUCAGAUAAUAAAAGAUAUAGAUAAUAGUCAGAGGAUAUUUACGAUAAUCCAGAUAACUACAAUGAAUAUUACGAAUCUACAUCUUUUUAUAGUGAUUAUGAUAGCUAAUAUGAUUUUCAUCCUAGAAGACAUUUAACCCAUCAUCAUAGAUCCCCUUAAAUAAAACAUUUUCAUCAUCAUCAUCAUAAAAUAUCUUAAAAUGAGAGAGAGUAUGAAAAUUAAAAUUUAAAUGGAUAGAGUUAUUCAGGCCAAAAAUUCAAUUUAAGAGGAAAUAGAAAAAAUAUUGAUUAUGAAGCAUCUCAAGAUGAUACUAUUCCCAUAAUUGCAGAUAGAAUUAUUAUAGAAUAUAAUUUUGUUAAUGCAAAAUAGGAGGAUAUAAAACUACAUGGAGAUGAAGAUGAAGGAAAACCUAAUAAUAAGAAAGGAGAAGAAGAUGAAGAUGAAGAGGAAUCAAAAAAGGAAAAGUCAAAUAAAUCAAAAUCAAAUAAAAGUCAAGAAGAAGUAGAAGAUAAUGCAUAAGAAGGAGAGAAUUAGAAUAAGGAAUCAUCAUAAAAAAAAAAUAAAUCUUAAAGUACUGCAAACAAUAAGACAUAAAAUAAAAGUUAAGAUAAAAAUAAGGAAAGUUCUAAAAAUAAAGCAUAAGAUAAGAGUUAAUAGAGAGAAAAUGAUAAAGAGAAAGAAAAACCUAAGGAGAAAGAGAAGGAGAAGGAGAAGGCAAAAGAGAAACCAAAGGAGAAGGAGAAGGCAAAAGAGAAACCAAAAGCUAAAGCUAAAGCUCAGGCUAAUACUGAUGAUGAGGAUAAAGAAAAAGAGUAAGAGCAGGAAUAAGAAUAAGACUAAGAAUAAGACUAAGAGUAAGAUUAGGGAGAUGGAGAUGGAGAAUAACAGAACGAAGACUAGGAGAAUUAAGAGGAAAAAAAUGAAGAAAGGGAAAAUGCAGAUGAAGGAGGACAAGACUAAGAGUAAGAGAAUAAUGAAGAGAAAGAAAAUGGUGAAGAAAAAGAAAAUGGAGAGGAAAAGGGUGAAGAGAUGGAUGAAGAUGAUUAAUGGAGAGGGUUCAGUUCAAAAGACAAGGAAAAAAAAAAGGGUAAAAGCAAAGGCAAUGGAAAUAAAGAGGAGGAAGGGGAAGAGGAUGAGGAAUUGUAUGAUGGAAAUGGAAGAUACAUAAGAAAUCAUCCUUAUUAUUAACAUAGAAAGAAUAAAAAAUCACAUUAUCCAUAUAACUAUCCAGGUAGAUACCCUGGGGAUGAAAUAUUUGAUGAAGAUUUAUUAUGGAGAUACAGAUGCAUGAAUAGACAAAACAGAUUUUAAAAUUUUGGAAAUCCAUUUAAUGGUUAUCCUUAUAGACAUCAUUAAAGUGUUAAUUCAAACCCAUUUUAUAAUGGUAAUCCAUAAUUAAGACUUAAUCCAUAUACUAGAUAGACAUCUAGUACAAGUUGCGUUCCUUGGAUGGUUCGAUAAAAUUAUCCUCCAUAUCCAGGCUAUGGAAGGUACUCAAAUUUCUAUAGGGGAAAAUAUUAAGAUCCAGACUAUCAAUUAAGAGAAAUGUGGCUUAGAUAGCAAUAAUAAUAACAAUCGAAACAGCAAGUUUAGAGAUACAGAGAUUAAGUUGGGUAUUUUAAUUGUUAUGGUUAUGAUGACAUGAGACCAAAUUAUUAUGAGGCAUAUUAAGGAAUAGUAGAAGACGAUCCUAGAUAUUAGGUGUAUAAUAGGAAUAUUGAUGAUCCAAAUGUUUUUAGUCCAUUUGAUGAAACUGUCCAUUAUGGACACAAUUAUGUUAGUCAAAAGCAUUUUAAUGCAAAAUAGGAAUCGAAACCAUUGAGUCAUAGAAUGGUGUAAAAGAAAGUAGACUUCUAAUAGCAAGAGAAUAAUAGUUGUUUAUAAGUGUUUGACUAGUGUUAUUAUAAGGGAAGAAGUGUAAAUUUAUGUGGAGAGUAUCCAGUAAUACCAUAAGGUUUGAAUGGAUUCAAAAUAUUUUCUUAUAUUGUGCCUGAUAAUCUUGAAAUUAGAUUUGCAUAAUCAGAUUAGAAUGAAGGUAAUAUCUAUUUAUAUAUCUAGAUAAUGUAUCUGAUAUUUCUGGUUCUGAGGAAUGUUUGCAAAUACCUUAUGAAUUAAUACCACAAUAAUAAUGAUGAAUUUAAU